CUCUCGCCACUGACGAGAGGCUUUAACAGCCUCCGUCACUGCAACGUCGCAGCCAGCUCAACACUUCUAUCCACUCUCUGCCCCACCAUCACCUUCUCCCAUAAACACCAAUCUUCACCUCCAAAACACCCCCUACAGCCACCGCAACCAUGAGCAGCUCCCUCGAUCAAUUGAAGGCCACUGGCACCACUGUCGUCUGCGACUCUGGCGACUUUGCGACGAUUGCCAAGUACAAGCCGCAGGAUGCCACCACGAACCCGUCGCUGAUCCUGGCCGCGUCGAAGAAGCCCGAAUACGCAAAGCUGAUCGAUGCCGCCGUCGAGUACGGCAAGACGAAGGGCGGCGACGUUGACGCCCAAGUCGACGCUACCCUCGACAACCUGCUGGUGCAAUUCGGCAAGGAGAUCCUCCAGAUCAUCCCCGGCAAGGUGUCGACCGAGGUGGACGCCAGGUUCUCGUUUGACACCAAGGCGUCUGUUGAGAAGGCUCUUCACAUUAUCGAGCUCUACAAAGAAAUCGGCAUCCCCAAGGAGCGCAUCCUGAUCAAGGUCGCCUCGACAUGGGAGGGCAUCCAGGCCGCCCACAUCCUGCAAUCCAAGCAUGGCAUCAACUGCAACCUGACCCUCAUGUUCUCGCUGGUGCAGGCCAUCGCGGCCGCGGAAGCCGGCGCGUUCCUCAUCUCGCCCUUCGUCGGCCGUAUCCUCGACUGGUACAAGGCCUCGACCAAGAAGGAGUACUCGCCCUCGGAAGACCCCGGCGUUGAGAGCGUCAAGGCGAUCUUCAACUACUACAAGAAGUUCGGCUACAAGACGAUUGUCAUGGGCGCGUCGUUCAGGAGCGUGGGUGAGGUUACGGAGUUGGCGGGUUGCGAUUAUCUUACUAUUGCGCCCAAUCUCCUCGAAGCCCUCUACAACUCGACCGACUCGGUCCCCAAGAAGCUCGACGCCUCGGGCGCGUCCAGCCUCCAGCUCGAGAAGAAGUCGUACAUCGCCGACGAGGCCCUCUUCCGCUUCGACUUCAACGAGGAGCAGAUGGCGGUCGAGAAGCUCCGCGAAGGCAUCUCGAAGUUCGCGGCUGACGCCGUGACGCUGAAGGAUAUCCUGAAGAAGAAGAUUGAGGCGUAAGUUUCCUAGUGUGGCGUGGACAGGAAGCGGACGACAGACCUCCGCUCCGGUAUCGGGGCGGGCAGGAGUAGGUGCGAGAAUGAGAUGAGGUUGCA